AUUUCACCAUUUUUUGGCUUUGGGGUGUGAUGGAAUAAAUCAAAAUGGAUCUCUAAACUGUCUGCGCUUCUUUAAUUAAUGAAGUAGCAGUUAGUCAAGCAAUGCAACUUUCGACGUUGAGCCGGGGGUCUCUUUGGAAACAGCCUCUCUACUUUCAAGUAGGGGCAAGGCAAAUCCACAAGACCACAGGUUAAAAAAAAACUCACCAAAGCCCAAAGCCAAAAUGUCCAAACACCCUUUAAGUUUCUAACAACUAGUUUCGCGUUCGCCGGCCAUGGCGAAACGAAAAUCAAAGCGGAAGCCUCCCCGGACCGGAAACCGAAGCUCCAGCUCCGAAAGUCAACUAGCGGUUGCGGCAGCGCCGGCGGCCCAUCUCGUCACCAAUACCGGGUUCAGUCUCCCCGCCGGUUGGCGCGUGGAGGAAGUCAUUCGCUCCGAUCGCUCGAAAUUCGACAGGUAUUACUACGAGCCGGAGACAGGAGCGAAGUUCAGGUCGCUGAAAGAUGUAGAGAGGCACGUGAACGGAGAAGAAGUUAGCCGUGUUUAUAGAUCCAGUUCAGAUAAUCAUCCCGAGAUGCUUAAGUGGGAUGAGGAAGAACAGAGUCCGAACCAUUGGGCGAUCGUGCCUUCGGAGAGGGAAGAUAUUGCAGAUACCAACCAGCUUCCCGAUGGUUGGAGAGUGGAAGAGGUACCCCGCGCAACCGGGAGCUACAAAGAUAAGUAUUAUUACGAACCCGGCACUGGCAUGAGAUUUCGGUCUAUGGCAUCUGUUCAGAGACACUUAAGUGAAUUGAACCGUGAGAAUGCUCCUCUCUCCAAGAUGUUCAAACUGCACCACAACGCAGUGCCGAGGAGUAAAGCAUCUAGAGAGGAACCCUUGUUUGGUAGGACACCAUCCAAAGUCAAUUGGGUGCUAGCGAAUCAUAAGGGGGACGCAUGGAACCCUUUCAUUGGCGAUACAUUGGUCUCAGACUCUGUAAAGGAAAAAUGGAUCAAGAGAUUCAUGUCUUACAUGGACAAAACUUCUUGAUUUUGUGUAAACACAAGUUGGUUCUAAUCUUGCCUUGUGAUAAAUAACCUUAACUCCUUUUUAACUUUAUUAUCAUUAAAACUAGUGUGUUGUGUAUAAAUAGAAAACAUUCUACUUUUGGUCCCUCUACUGCUACCUUAUUCAAACUUUUGGAUACUUAUUUCCAAAUUAUAGGUGGUUUUACAUAUUUAGUAAAUUCCAUAAAUGAUGUCUAGUUAU